AUGUAUAUUCAACCAGAUUUUGUCAAUGUUGAGUCACAUCUUGAAACCUUGUGUCGCACACGAGGUUUUGAUGUCAUCUUCUUGCUGAAAUUUCAUUGUGAACUUAAUUUUAUAGAACAAUGUUGGGGCUUUGUGAAACAGCUGUAUCGAAUGAAGGACCAGUCUUCAUCAGAGGAAGUUCUUGAAUGGAAUGUUAUUGAAUCACUUGAUGCCGUCCCAAUGGAGUCAAUGCGACGUUUCGCUAUGAUGUCUGCAAGAUUUAUUGAUGCAUAUCAGAAAGGCUUGAAUGGCAUGCAAGCUGCUUGGGCAAUAAAAAAAUAUUGCGGCCAUUGUGUUCUCCCACAAUCCAUUAUAAAGGAGUUUGAUUGA